AUGGUGGCCGAACCUGUUCUGGCCACGCUCGCCACGCUCCGCGCCACGUACGACUCCGCGUCCCGAUAUCUCCACGCGCAGGCCGAAAACUGGCCCGAUCCCGCCGCGCUCUGGGACUCGUUGCCCCUGAUCCCCCUUGGCGGGGCGUCUGCGCCCCCCGUUGCGGCGCCACCCGCGUCCAUUGUGGCCCGGCUCGGCCGCUGCGCCCGGCCGCACAAACACGCGCUUCUCGGCGCCGUUUUCACGGGGCUCGGGCUCGCCGGGCUCGUGGCGCAGCGCCGCAAACAGCUUCUGGCCGCCGGCAGCCGCCGGCCGCGCCGGCGGCGCGUGCCCAAGUUGCCCAACGGCGCCCGCCGGGACGUGGUGCUUGUGGUGGGCUCGCCCACGGAGCCCAUGACGCGGCUCGUGGCGCUCGACUUUGAGAAACGCGGCUUCAUCGUCUACGUGACCCUCAUGGACGACAAGGACCGGCGGUACGUGCAGCAGAACCCGGUCACGGACGACGUGCGGCACGUGGACUUGUGCGGGGACGCCGCUGCGGCCGUGGCGCGGUUCCGCGCGGUGUUCGGCGCGGAGGUGGUGCCGCUCCAGGGCGCCGAGCCGCACCUCCUCCGGCUCGCGGCCGUGGUGUUUGCGCCCAGCCUCUACUUCCCGUUGGGCCCGCUCGAAAACACGCCCUCGGCGUCCUGGGAGAAGGUGCUCGCGCGCUUGGCCGUGUACCCGCGGCUCUUGGGGCUGGGGCUCGUGGACCUCGUGCGCGGCCAGCAGGCGAAGCUCAUCGCCGUGGUCCCGACCAUCGUCAGCAGCCUCCGGCUCUCGUACCACGGCGCGGAGGCCAUGUUCCAGAACGCGCUCAAGGACCUCUUUGCCACGUUGGCCAAGGAGCUCCGCCCGCAGGGCAUCGCCGUCACACAGGUGCGCCUCGGCAACUUGCAUCUCUCCAGCACGCGGGCCUUGCCCGCCGCCAAGGCCGCCCAGAGCCCCACCGUGGUGGACGCCGAGGUGCGCAGCUGGUCGCCGGAGAUGCAGGCGCUCUACGGCGCGCCGUUCCUGAAGACGCAGGCGGGCUCCACCGCCAUGGGCCCGUCCAUCGGCUCCGACGGGCUCCGGGGCUUGCACCAUCUUUUGUUCGACUUGGUCUUCGCGACCCGCCCCGGCCCGUCCGUGGUGUACUAUGGCUCGGGCGCCCGCACCUACGAGCGCGUCACGAGCUUUCUUCCGACGGCGUUGAUGGAAGUGUUUUCGUGA